UGGGGGCAACUCUUGUUACCUCCUGCCCCAGGCUGCCAGCACCAUGACGGUUUCAUACACUCUCAAAGUGGCAGAAGCCCGCUUUGGAGGUUUCUCUGGACUGCUUCUCCGAUGGAGGGGAAGCAUCUACAAGCUCCUCUACAAGGAAUUCUUCCUCUUUGUGGCCUUGUACGCUGUGCUUAGCAUCAUCUACCGGCUGCUGCUGACCCAGGAGCAGAGGCACGUGUAUGCUCAGGUGGCCCGGUACUGCAACCGCUCAGCGAACCUCAUUCCCUUGUCCUUUGUUCUGGGUUUCUAUGUGACUCUGGUGGUGAACCGCUGGUGGUCUCAGUACACAAGCAUCCCGCUGCCAGACCAGCUGAUGUGCGUCAUCUCCGCCAGCGUGCACGGUGUGGACCAGCGGGGUCGCCUGCUGCGCCGCACCCUCAUCCGCUACGCGAACCUGGCUUCCGUGCUGGUGCUGCGCUCGGUCAGCACCCGCGUGCUCAAGCGCUUCCCCACCAUGGAGCACGUGGUGGACGCAGGUUUCAUGUCCCAAGAAGAGAGGAAAAAGUUUGAGAGCCUGAAAUCCGACUUCAACAAAUACUGGGUGCCCUGUGUCUGGUUCACCAACCUAGCGGCCCAGGCCCGGAGGGACGGGCGAAUCCGUGACGACAUCGCUCUCUGUCUACUUUUGGAAGAGCUGAACAAGUACCGAGCCAAGUGCAGUAUGCUAUUCCACUAUGACUGGAUCAGCAUCCCCCUCGUCUACACCCAAGUGGUGACCAUAGCCGUCUACUCCUUCUUUGGCCUCUCCCUGGUUGGCCGCCAGUUUGUGGAGCCAGAGGCAGGGGCUGCCAAACCUCAGAAGCCUCUGGAGUCAGGCCAGGAGCCAGCCCCGGCCCUGGGAGACCUGGACAUGUAUGUGCCUCUCACCACUCUACUGCAGUUCUUCUUCUAUGCUGGCUGGCUCAAGGUGGCUGAACAGAUCAUCAACCCAUUUGGUGAGGACGAUGACGACUUUGAGACAAACCAGCUCAUAGACCGAAACUUGCAGGUGUCCCUACUAUCCGUGGACGAAAUGUACCAGAACCUGCCCCCCGCCGAGAAGGACCAGUACUGGGAUGAGGACCAACCGCAGCCACCCUACACUGUGGCCACGGCGGCCGAGUCUCUGCGACCCUCCUUCCUGGGCUCCACCUUCAACCUGCGCAUGAGCGACGACCCUGAGCAGAGCCUGCAGGUGGAGGCGUCGCCCGCGUCUGGUCGGCCGGUGCCUGCCGCGCAGACCCCGUUGCUCGGCCGCUUCCUGGGCGCAGUGGCGCCCUCCCCGGCCAUCAGCCUCCGGAACUUCGGCCGCGCACGAGGCACCCCCCGCACCCCGCAUCUGCUUCGCCUCCGGGCCGAGGAGGGCGGAGACCCCGAGGCCGCAUCCCGCAUCGAAGAAGAGGCGGCGGAAUCCGAGGACGAAGCCCUGGAGCCUUGAGGUCUCCCCUGCCCCCGCCUGCUUCCCGCCCCCGCCUCCAUUGCCCCCCUUCCCUGCCAUGCGCAGUCCUGCCAACCAGCUUAAUUAGAGCAGCUUUUCCUGAGUGCCUUGAAGGCCAAAGCAUUUAGGGACAGAACUUGAAAAAGACGAUGGCAGGAAGGGCCUGAGCCAGGGCUGGGAAUGUGUCCAUUUUGGUGGUAGAGAAGGUUGGAUGGGUUGUUUGGGGGAGGUGAAACUAGAAAAAUAAAAGCCUAGGCACAGAGGACUAGAGCCCAGGUGUAUGGUUAGCUUCAUAGCAACGGGGAGCUAGGCCAGUGGUUCUCAAACUUAAAGAUUAGGAUCACUGAAGCUCUUGUCAAAAGUGUGC